AUGCUGCAAACCAUUGGUAUAGAAAAGGAAGAAGUACAUUCUUUACAUCAAGAGCCAAUUCGGUAUGAUAAUGACUCUUCUGAUACAGAAGAGUUUGAAGGAAGAAAACAAUCCAAUAUUACUUCAUUCUUGAAUCUAAAAAAUGAACAAGAGGCCAUUGAUAGUGCAACAAGAAUCCAUCAAAUUUCUGGUCUACAAGACAAGUUGGAGAUCCUUAUAAAGGGAUCGCUUCUUGCAAACUUUCCCAAAUCAGUACUAGAUCAGAAACACUUUAAUAAAGCAGACGAGGAUGUGGUGGGUAAUGAGAAAAAUCAUCCUUGGCGCCAAAACUUCACCUUAUACUUUUUAGCGUUUUCUUCUGCAUGUUCUGCAGCAGUUCAAGGGAUGGAUGAAUCUGCUGUAGGUGGUGCUGCGCUAUUCUACACAAAGUACUAUGGAAUUGAUGGUGAUUCAUCGUAUUUUGCUAACCUUCAGGGCAUUGUUAAUGCAAUUCCUUAUCUUGCGGCUGCAGUAGUAGGUUGUUGGCUCGCAAUUCCAUCAAAUUAUUAUUUUGGUAGAAGAGUUACUAUUUUUUGGGCAAGCUUCAUUGCUGCCAUCUCUGGAAUUUGGCAAGCAUUUUCCCCCUCUUGGCAAAUGUUAUUAGUUGGAAGGUUAAUUAUGGGAAUAAGUAUUGGAACAAAAUCCGCAACGGUACCAGUAUACACGGCUGAAUCAGCCCCUGCAGCUAUACGAGGUGGCUUGGUUAUGUUAUGGCAAACCUUGACCGCAUUUGGAGUUAUGUGGGGAUUCAUAAUGGGUGUGGCGUUUUUGGAUUCUGGAAAAGACAAUUGGAGAUACAUGCUUGGAUCAAUAUUCCCGUUACCAUUAAUUGUAUGUUUAAUGAUGUUUUUUAUUCCCGAAUCACCAAGAUGGCUCAUCCAAAAAGGUCGUUAUGUGGAAGCAUAUGAGUCAUUUAAAAAGCUUAGAACUUCAGAAUUGAUUGCAGCAAGGGACUUCUACUACACAUUUUCCUUGAUUGAAAUUGAGAACGAGGCUACUAGAGGCUCAACAUGGUAUUCACAAUAUAUCGAACUCUUUACUGUACCAAGAAAUAGAUCUGCAUUAUUGGCAAGUUGGAUUGUAAUGUUUGGUCAGCAGUUUUGCGGGGUUAAUGUAUUGACCUUCUAUAUAUCUACAGUAUUGGUCUCUGCUGGAUUUUCUAACCGUGAUGCAUUGUCUGGAAGUGUGGGAUUUGGUGCACUAGCUGUAACUGGUGCAAUUACAGCUAUCCCACUCAUUGACAGGAAGGGGAGAAGGUUUUUAUUAUUGGCUACUCUCCCAGUGAUGGUAGUAUUUCUACUUUGGGUUGCAUUUUCAUUUUACGGAGAAACAUCAAAGGAACGUCUUGGAUUAAUAUUAAGUGGAAUCUAUGUAUAUGUUUACUUUUAUGGUAUUGGAAUGGGACCUGUUCCUUUCACUUACAAUGCAGAAAGUGCGUCCAUUACAGUUCGAGAUGCACAUUCAAGUUUUGGAACUGCCACAACUUGGAUGUUCAGUUUCAUAUUAGGGUUCACUUUACCAAACAUGCAAAGAUCUAUUGGUAAUGUAGGGGUCUUCUGCUUUUACGCUGGUUGGUGUGUUGCUCUUUUUAUCUUAAUCUUGUUAUUUGUUCCGGAAACCAAAGGUUAUACACUUGAAGAGUUGGACUUGAUCUUUCAAAUUCCAAUUAAGAAACAUGCAGAAUACCAAAUACGCCAAAGCAAAAGAUUCUUACGGAAAUUGUUCAAAAAGGAUGUAGAACAGGAAAAUCUUAUUGAAGUAGCUUUAAGGUAUGAGAAGAAAGAUUUUAUUAGUUAG